UCUCCUGAAACAUUCUAUAAAGAGAGCGCCCUGCUGACCACAUUAUAGCACAAGGAGAGGAAGAAACAGGCCAGAAGCACAGCCAUGUCCGAGCUACUCGCGAUCUUGCUGCUCUCCCUGGCGGCGGCGCGGGCCGACGGGAAGCCAUGCGACAUCGCUAGGAGUCAGUUCCCCAAGGGCUUUCUCUUUGGCACGGCGUCCUCUGCGUACCAGUAUGAAGGCGCUGUGAGGGAAGGUGGCAGAGGGGCCAGCAUCUGGGACGCCUUCACACACAAUCACCCAGACAAGAUAGCAAAUCGGAGCACCGGAGACGUAGCAAUAGAUUCCUACCACCGGUACAAGGAGGAUGUUAAGAUCAUGAAGGAAAUGGGCUUCAGUGCCUACAGAUUCUCAAUUUCUUGGUCACGUAUACUGCCUAGUGGAAAACUGAGUGGAGGGGUCAACAUGGAAGGUAUCAAGUACUACAACAAUCUCAUCGACAAGCUCAUUUCCAAAGGUGUUGAACCAUUUGUGACCCUUUUCCACUGGGACGCCCCGCAAGCAUUAGAACAGAAGUACAGUGGCUUCUUAAGCCACCUUAUUGUGGAAGAUUUCCAGGACUAUGCCAACAUCUGCUUCAGGGAGUUUGGUGACAGGGUAAAGUACUGGAUAACAUUCAACGAGCCUUGGAGUUUCAGUAUAGGUGGCUACUCCAGCGGCACAUUAGCACCGGGCAGAUGUUCGUCAUCACAAAAGCCAGGUUGUAGCAUGGGAGACUCAGGAAGGGAACCUUAUAUAGUAGCUCAUAAUCAACUUCUGUCUCAUGCAGCAGCAGUUAAAGUGUACAGAGACAAAUAUCAGAUGGAGCAAAAAGGAAGAAUCGGUAUUACAAUAGUUAGCAAUUGGAUAAUUCCCUACUCAAAUUGCAAGGAAGACAAGGAUGCUGCGAAGCGUGCAUUGGACUUCAUGUAUGGAUGGUUCAUGGAUCCCUUAACCAAAGGAGACUAUCCACUCAGCAUGAAAACACUGGUUGGAAACAGAUUACCAAAAUUCACAAAAGACCAGGCAAAAGCUAUAAAAGGAUCAUUUGAUUUCAUUGGACUCAAUUACUAUUCAGCAAGAUAUGCUCGGAAUGCUAAACGCAGCAGCAAUAGUAACAAAAGCUACAGCACUGACUCACAAACUGAACAAGGAGUGGAGAGAAAUGGAACAUAUAUUGGCCCAAAGGCUGGCUCUUCUUGGCUCUACAUCUAUCCAGAAGGAAUAGAAGAACUCUUGCUAUACACCAAGAAGACAUACAACAACCCUACUAUCUACAUCACAGAAAAUGGUGUUGAUGAAAUUAACAACGAAAACUUACCUCUUCAAGAAGCCUUGAUUGACAAUACCAGAAUAGAAUUCUACCAGCAACACAUAUUCCAUGUUCAAAAGGCCCUAAGGGAAGGAGUAGAUGUACGGGGAUAUUUUGCAUGGUCUCUGUUUGACAACUUCGAGUGGAUGGACGGUUACAGUGUUCGAUUUGGCCUUAACUACGUCGACUACAAGGAUGGUCUGAAAAGAUAUCCAAAGAGAUCCAGCCAAUGGUUUCAGAAGUUUCUUGAGCACUAAAACUUGUACUGUAUAAGUGAAGUUUUUUAUAUGCAGUAACAGUGUUAGGUAAUGUACACAUCAGACUCUGAGUGGAUUGCCAGAAUAGUAGUAUAGAUAGCUUGAUUGUAAUUGUAAUUUCAAGGAAAAUGCUAGUGCUCCAAAUAAUUGCUAUGUAAUAAGGCAUAACAGACGUGGUCAGUCUUGCUGGCUUACCAAAUAAAAAACGUGUUGGAAUGACAUUUGUAAGCAAGAAACAGAUG